AUGUUACCGUUCUGGUGCUAUGACAGAAGUAAUCUCUCUGAUUAUCCAUUGAUCCAUUUUACACCAAAAUUUCGGCAUUUGCCAAACUCGCAAAACUUUAUCAAAGAAUUAUCUGACUUGGAAAGUAGCACACCAAAUGCAAGCGAAAAAUUCAGUAGUGUACCUUCAGAAUCAUUGCAUCAUCAUAUCAGACAAUUAAAUGUUGUUGAUUUAUGGUCAGAAUGCUCUGGAAAUAAUCAGAUUGACUUUAAAUGCCGCCGUGGAAAACUUGUUGAUUUAGCAAAUCAUGAAUAUUUCACACUGCAAGGGAGUGAAGAAGCUUUCGAAGGUUCAAGCAGUUCGUUUUACUUUACUAUCAAAAGCAAUUUUGAUUUCAGAAAUAUGUUCAAUUGCAUUUUUUCAAUUUUGAAAAUGACUACUAGUUCUGAAAAAAUAUUCUGCAUGUUUUUCAGGGAAGAUUGUAAGAAAUGUAUUAAAAAUUCUUUACAUACAAUGCAGUUUACUUUGAAAAUUUGGUGUUCUUAAUC